AAACUACAUUUGUCAAAGUGACAAAAUUUAGUCGUGUUGUUUGAAAGAUGUGGAAUAAAAUAAUUUAGUUCAGUUCAAAAUGUGUUUAAGAUGAUAAAUUGAAAUAAUUCGCCACACCCACGGAAAAUAAUUACAAGGUUAGCAUUAGCGUCUUAAAAUCGUAUGAUAAUGCGUUGAGUAGCUGAAUUGAGUUCAAAAUGUUUGCUUCCUUGAAAAAUAAAAUACGGGAAGAAACCGGGAAUGAUCUUUCCAAGCUAACAGCAAAAAUUACUUCCUCAACUGUACAAAAGAUCGACUCGAUCCGAGGAAAAUCAUUCCAAGGUUCCCACUCUAGUAUUAAUUCCAUAAUAUCAUCAGAUGAUCUCAAAGAAGGUGGUACAUUAGAUAUAGAAGAAGUGAAGAAAAGACUUUCUAGAAUUGAAAUAGAUUUUAAGAGAAGACUUGAUCAGAAGGAAAAGGAAUGGUCUGAUAUUAUCAGUGCCAAGGACAAACAAUUACAGAUGUUAGAAAAAGAAAAGGAAGAGGCUUACAAACAAAUUACAAAUUUGAGGGAAAAAUUAAAAAAUGCUGAAGAUUUCAAGCAGAAGUUAGUUGAGCAUCAAGAAGACAAGGAGCAAAUAGAGAAUUUCCAAUCACAGGAGUUGUCAAAAAUUAAACAUUUAGUAUUACUUCGAGAUAAGGAACUGGAAGAGAAAAAUGCCUCAUUGAAAGAGGCUCAGUUACAACUGGAAAAAAUAAGGAGUGAAAUGGCUAGAUUGAGGAGGCAGGAAGAGCAUUUGAGCGAUGUUCAGGAUGACUUAGAUGCCUUACGACAUUCAACAUCAAGAGAUAUGGCUGCUUUAGCUACUAAGUUGACUGAAAGUGAGGAAGAAAGGAAGCAUUUAAAAGAUCUAAUAGUUAUUCUGAAGCAAAGAUUGGCCAAUGAGACUUCGGCUGAUGAACAGUUAAUUUCUGAAAGGAAGUUGCUGGAACAAAGAUUGGAAGAGGCUCAUGUUCAUCUUGCUGACAUCAAAACUUCUUGGAGUGAUAAAAUAACGUCUUUAGAAACCCAGGUGGGUAGACUCAGCCGCCAAGCAGCAGAAGAAGGUGCUGAAAGGAGGAGGGCACUACAGGAAAAAGACGUUCUAUUUGAAAAAGUACAACAAUUAGAAGCUGAGCUAGAGUAUAACAAACUGGACCUGAAUAACAAGAACACAAAAAUUUUGAGGUUGAAUGCUGAUCUGGAAGAAUUAUCUGCUGAAUUAAAAAGAGUUCGUGCUGAAAACGAGGAACAUGUGACAUUUUUGAGGACUCAAUUACUCACUUCAAGCACAGAAGUAACAGUUGUGAAAAAAAACUUGGAAAAUGCAGAAACUAAUCUGGAAAAAACUGAAGACGAAUGCUCCAAAUUGAGAAUGUCUGUUGAGUCUGAGCAUGGUAUUAAUAUGUCUCUGAAAGAGAAAAUUCAAAAGCUGGAAAGGGAUCUUGAAGAGGAAAAAAUUAAUUCUCUCAAUGUUCAGAAAACUCUUUCUAGGGUUACCUCAGAAAAAAAUGCAGCCCUUGUAAGAAAUGCUGAAAUAUCACAGCAAAUCGAAUUAAUUAAACAAGAAAAAAGAAGGCAGGACACAGAAUUUAACGAAUUGUCUAAUAAAAUGAGUCUGUUGGAAGAAGAAUACACGAGGUACAGGGAAAGUGAAGCUUUAGAGAAGCAGUUGAGGAAUAAAAUUACUGAUUUAGAGGAGCAAUUGUCUGAUAAAAAUAAAAAUAUCAAAACAUUAACAUUGAGAUUGGCUGACAUGAAGAAAACCCUUCAGCAAGAGCUUAGGACACCCAGCAAUCAUAAUUAUCUCUCAGACGAUACAAAUGCGGCAGCUAUUUUAACUCCAAGCCAAAGUUCUGUGAAGAAUUUUUCUCAUAAUGUGAAGAGGGAUGAAGAAGACGUCAAUUUUAAGUAUCUGAAACAUGUGGUUAUCAAGUUUUUGACAAGUAGGGAUUAUGAGGCUCAACAUUUGACCAAAGCAAUAUCCACUGUACUUAAGUUUACUCCCGAAGAAGAAAAACUUAUUACUGAUACAUUAGAAUGGAGAAGAUCCUGGUUUGGGAGCAGACCAAAAUUAUUACACAAAUCGAAACCUAUGAGCUGAUGGUUAGUUUAAAAGUGAGGAAUCUACUGUUUUUUUUUGAGAUUUAUGCCAAAAUUAAUUCAUAUGCAAAUGAAGCAUUUUAAGAUUUGUUGAUGUUUACACAUUUUGUAAAUAUUAUUAUUUGUUAUUUAUCAUUAAUGGCUGUAAUUCUAAUUCUUGAAUAAUUUUAUUUAUUUAUAACUUAUUUAAUCCAUACAAUCCAUUAAUUCCCUUAUAUGGGGCUGUCAAUAUUUUAUUCCGAAGCAGAGCAAAGCUCAGAUGAAGCUGCCAACAAAAGUAAAUCUAUUUAGAAAAAUGAUGUGAUUCAAAACAAAUUUCAUAUAUUUAGUAUGUAACUCAUCCCCUUGUAAUUGUCAACAUUCCAUAUGUAAAAAAGUGUAAUAUAAUAGAUUUAGAAUUAUUGAAAUUUUCUUAAAAGUGGUCUGAAACAAAAUCAAGUUACCAAAGUAAAUGAAAAUUUUUUUUCAUCUUACAUUUAUAUUUAUAUUGUUGAAUUAGUCCAAGAAAUAUUAUUGAAAUAUUUUUUUUCAAUUUCAUCCCCAUUAUGAAUAGGAUUCAACUUGUGGUAAUCAUUUUGAUUAGUUAGAUUGAACCUUUUCCAUCUGGUUAUAACUUAUUCAUUAAUAAACUAAUUUUUGAGUA